AUGUCGGACGAACCUCGCAAACGAUCGCGUUUCGACCAGACCGAGUCUGAUGCGCGCCCUUCUCGCUUCGACCGUCGCUCGCGCUCGCCCAAGAACAGAACCUCGGAGCCUCGUCAACGUACUCGUAGUCCCGUCUCUGGCACAAACAGCCCUGCCCCGAGAGAUCCCGCUGCAGCCGCCGCCGCCGCUGCUGCCAAGAUCAAUGCACAGAUCCAGGCUCGCAAGGGCAUCCAGCAUGUCGACGUCCCCCCGAUCCGCUCUACCGAGAGCCCUUCCGCUGCUGGAAAUCAGUCUCCUGGGGCUGGCGGCUUGAAUGCUGACAUCUACACCCAAGAUGGUGACUUCAUUCGCGACAUCGAGGUCAACGAUCUACGCAAUCGCUACACCCUGACCAAGGGCUCUACUCAGAAAAUGAUUAAAGAAAAGACUGGCGCCGAUGUUACCACUAGAGGAAGCUACUACCCUGACAAGGCCAUGGCAACCGCCGCCGUGAAACCCCCUCUCUACCUUCAUGUCACCAGCACCACCAGAGACGGCCUCGAGAAGGCUGUCGCCGAAAUUGACGAGCUAAUGAAGCAGGAUCUACCCAAUCUCGUAGACGAGAGACGCUUCCGUCGCAGAGAGCCAGAGCAGGUCGAGAGAGAUUCUAUGGGUCGUGAGAAAAUCCCCGUGGACCUUGAGCCUAUUCCUGGCUUCAAUCUCAGGGCUCAAGUCGUCGGUCAAGGCGGUUCCUAUGUCAAACACAUCCAGCAGGAAACUCGAUGCCGUGUCCAAAUCAAGGGCCGUGGAUCUGGUUUCAUGGAGCACGACACUGGACACGAGAGUGACGAGUCCAUGUACCUGCACGUCGCCGGCCCUGACCCCAACGAGGUCUUGCGUGCCAAGGAACUCUGUCUCGAUCUCUUGGCCAACGUCCGCACUCAGUACGAGCAAUUCAAGGAGCGUGGCCCCCGUGGUGGCAGAGGUGGAGGCGGUGGUGGUGAUGAUUAUGGCGACCGUGGGCACCGUGGUGGCUAUGGAGACCGCGAUCGCAACAGCAGCUAUGGAGGUGGAUACGGAGGUGGAAGAGACGGUGGCAGAGACGGCGGCUACGGUGGAGGUUACGGAGGUGGUUACGGCGGUGCUGCCUCGCCUUCUGCCGCUCAUACCGGAGCUGCCGCUACAGCCAUGAGUCCUGGUGCCGCGGCCACACCUGACUACACCCAGGCCUAUGCCCAGUACUACCAACAGAACGGACAGGACCCAUACGCCGCAUACGGUGGCUACGAAGCCUACACAAGAAUGUACUGGCAGUACUAUCAGCAGCAGCAGGGCGGUGUCCCCGGUGCAGAACAGGCUGCUGGGUACGACAACUCUGCACCUCCCCCUCCGGCAGACGAUUCACAACCACCACCGCCCCCUGGUGGAGAUGCACCACCACCCCCUCCCUCAGGAGGUUACAACUCUGUCCCGCCACCUCCCGGCAUGUGA